AUGCCAAAGUCGAACAAAAAUCAAAAGCCCCCAGUUGAAGAAAAGGCUCUUGUCAAGGCGAGCCCGAAACGCAAAAAGUUUACUCCAGCAAAGGCUUCUGGUAAGGCGAAAGUACUUCCAGGAGGACUUACUGGUUCACCCAAGGUAUCCAGCGACGAUGAUGGUAUUUGGUUCGAGUGCAAUCUGCCAUUUCGUGUAAACAUACCCUUUCCUGUUUGCAUGCAGAAGUUCUUUGGAUUCCCGGGAAUCAGCCUGAGUAAUACUGACCCCAAGAAUGGCAAUCUAAAGGCGAUAAUGCCGGCCACAAAUGGAGAUCUUCCUUCAGGAUUUCAAUCAGAAACACCUGGGGGCUGCAAUAAGAACACCUGCCCGAAAAGGAAACUAGGACGACGUGGCAAUAAAAUUUGUCCUUGCGAAACUGCUACCCAAACAGGUGAGGAAGAAAAUGAUCCUCUGCUAGCCUGUUUGGAGCAAAUUAAGGAUAAACUGCAGAACUUAUCGCCACAAGUGCAAGCAGUCCAAGCAAAGCCAUGUGUUUGCUUCUUGGCUGAGAAGGGCACCAAUGUCCGGGAGAAAACGAUAAAAAGGAGUAGCCUGUCAUUAGAUAGUCCAGAAGAUGGAAAGAGGAAUACAUCCUUCGAAAGUAGAAAAGGCAACUGUUACUGCUCACCUGUGGCAAGUAAGGUGAGUUCCCUAUAUCAGAAAUCUAGAGAUCCGGAUUGGAAAGAAGCCGUUCUAGAAGAGGCACAUCCCUCCUACACCAGAAUCAACAAACCCAGCACGGAAUCAGACGUAUCCGUCUCUGCUAAAGACUAUAGGGAAGGAGAUGAUCCUGUUAGCGUGUCAGGCACGAAAACAGUGACAAAGGAGUCAUCUCGAAUAAGUAAAAAGCCACCUCAAGUAACAAAGACGCCAUCUUAUGAAUCGAAAAGCGAAGAAGAGUGCUUAUGUGAUCCCAACUAUCAAUCCCCUGAUGAAGAAGUACAAAAGCCAACCGGCAGGAGUCAGCGCCGAAGAGUUAACGAGGACUCCUAUAAUUCAGGAAGCAGAGACAACAGAGUAUAUAAUUCCAGUUCAGGAUAUAGUCAGUCUGGAAAUUCGUCCCAAGUAAAAGGAAGUCAUCCCUCUCGAAUUAUAGCUUCCUGCUUACCUAAUUGCACGGAUUCCUGUAGCUUCAAAAAAAGGACCCACCAAGCGAAGAAUAAUUCCCGAACAAACAAUAAGAAAGCUCCGGAAACGGUUACCUUAAUGCAACCACGACGCUUCCGUAGCACAGAGAGCACCCAAAGAGGUAAAGAUGCCAUUGAAAGCGGGGAGGACAUGGACACUAAGAAUACCGUACUGAUCGAGACUAGGAUUCCCUGUGACCGGAAAAACCUAAUGCAGACAUGUGGUCGACCACCCUGCAACUUUCACCGUCUGCAAUACUCUGGGGUUCCACCGGUAGUGGAGCAAAGGAAUAUGUACAUGAGACCACCGCCACCUCAAACCGUUCCUCAAAGAAGUCAUCCUAAUGAUGAAGAUUAUCUGAUUGAUCCUCGGGACCAUUUGCCACCUCUUGCCUCAGCACCAGUUAUGGGCAACCCGUACCCAAUGCCAAUGAUAAACGCUUUCCACCGGACCUCUAGUUCAUAUCCUUAUACAAAUCUUCAUCAAGCUUCAUGCAGAGAUCCUUACUCCUGUCCUGCAAUUCUGAAAAAUAAUAUAAGAUCAAUGCCGAAAGGGUUUUACGAAGAAACCUUGCAAAAAUACAAUAUAACCAGGAUGGAUUCAGACUUUCAGCCACCGACUUUACGAUCGGAUAUCCUAUAUCAACAGCUAAAUGGAGCACCAGAUCGCCAGUUUUCUAAUCACCUAAAUCGGCCAAUGAUGAUGAAAUCUUCGGGAUAUAAUCAACAUCAUAUGCCACCCCCUAACCCAUUUCAGGCUCAACCUUCGCAUUCAAUGUUUGGCCCACACCAAAAUGUAAAAUUGGAAGGCUAUGAUUUUUCCGAAUAUCAAAUUUAA